AUGUUUUGGUUUCAAGCAGCGCUCGCAGAGCGAGCAGCCGGCAAGGCUUUCGAUACAGGGUCAGGAAACCGAUUACAGCGGUGUGAGUUCUCGACAACACGGGUGAGGACUCUCGGUGCUGUGGCAAUAGGAGCAAAUGUGUCAGAGAUGUCGAUCUCUGCUAGGAUGUUGUCGAAGUCGUUCAUCGGAGUAGAAGUGAUGGGUCUAGUGCGGUUGGGCGACCGUGUGGUGAAAGCUAAGCUCGCCGUGGCAUGGCUGCUUAGUUUGGGGAAAAGUCUUUUUGCCAUUCCAGCAUAUACACUACCUCAGUACCCUGCACAUUGGGCCCUGCCGUCUCCGACGUCGGACGGUAUGGCGACCGGUGAGAGGCGAUCAAAUCUCAGGUUGCUAAGGACGUCAUUGAUUUUGGACCAAGGCGACAUACGCACGACUCGCCAUGGAGACUGUCUCAGACUGUGUGCUUACAACGCGAGAACAGUGUCCAUAGACACUGAUCUGCAUGCCCUUCUCGGAGCUGCAGAGUGUAUCAAAUUUCACGUGAUUGCUCUGCAGGAGACCAAGUGCAGAAGGAGCGACGUACGACAGAUGAAUGACGGUACACUCGUCAUUCGUAUCAUCAACUGCUACUCACCAACAUCAGCAGCUGAUGGUUCCGAAUUGGACGCGUUUUACGAGCUGGAGGAAGUAAUCCGCAACGAGAAGUCCUUCUACAAAUUCGUUGUCGGAGACUUCAACGCAAAACUAGGAGAGGCCACAGAAGAGGAAUGCAGGAUUGGAAGAUUUGGACUAGGGGACCGGAAUGAAAAUGGCAAUCGUCUCGCCGGGCUGUUGCCCGCAGCUCGCCUCUUCCAUGGGAACUCUUUUUUCAUGAAAAAAAAAUCAUCGUCGGUGGACAUGGAAAUCGCCCAAUGGCGUGACUCGUGCGGAGAUCGACCACAUCCUCACCAACCGGAGGUGGUGUCUACUUGA